UGUCCCCCUCCCUCUUGGGUUGCUAUGGAAACAUCUCAUGGUAGGAUCCUGACGUUACCUACAGAGCAUCAGUCAUGGCCUCUCGUAAGAGACGCUCCUCCACACCAGGUCUUCCCCACGUCUCAGCCCUGACCGUGCUCCUUGAAGCCCAGCAUAUGAAGUCGAUCGUCCAUAGGCUCAUCUAUAUAGCAAGAAUAUCUCCAGAGCAAGCGCACUGCAGGGAUAUACCAGACCAUUAUGAACGACUAUUUAAUCGGCUGAUAAAAUCAAACCUUGGAGAAUCCAUCUCAGGAUUACUUCUGCUCUAUCCCAGCUGUGUGAUCCAUAUGAUUGAGGCUUCUUCUGAAAUACUGACUGGGAUAAAUCAAGAUCUCGUCCAGAUUCAGAAUAAGGGGGAGAGCUCACUUCUUCAGGACGUCAGGAUUCUUGUCGUCUCCCACAAUAUCCCAAGCAGGCUCUUUCCUCAAUGGUAUUUUCGCAUUGUGAGAUUGCCCACAAUGUACUUGGAUGACUUUGGGCAUGGGCAGUCAGUGGAGACCAUAGUGGAAGAAUGUCUCACCCUCAUGAUGAAGUUAGGAAUGUUCUUGUCUCAGAUACUUGAGCCUGGCAGUAAAGGUCCGGGAGAAGAUCUGUAUGAUGUGGCCCCAGAUCUGCUGGUAAGAGAGGAGAUCAUCUGCUUCCUUAUUCGAUCUGGGAGGUUUCUCAAGCCCCAAGAGUUCCUCACGAUGUAUAACCGGCCAGUCAAUAGUUCAGUUGCUUCAGAUCUUCUCUGGCCAGCUCCUCAACAACUAGAUCUAUAGCAGCCAUAUUGGAAUGGACAACAGGCAGCAAUUUUUAACCCAUCUCGCCUCAGAUUCAGUGCUAAUAAAUGGCUUUAUUGAUGUAUUUUUGUCUGAUAUUUUGU